GGCACAAAGCAUAUUUAUUUACAUUUUUGUUUUUCGUCGGACGGCUUGGGAGUUUUCUAUUUGCAGACGAAAACGUUGCUCGUAUUCCGUGUAAUAAAACACGAUAUAGUCCUGCAAAGAGCGUAUUUCUAAUCACUAACCAUGGUGGACGUGAAAAAGUUCAGCGAUAUCGACAUCUAUGGCCUGCUGGAGGUGGACAUCGCGGCAACAGAGCAAGAGAUCCGCAAAGCGUACCGCAAAAAAGCCCUACAAUGCCAUCCGGACAAAAAUCCCGACAACCCGAAGGCGGCCCAGCUCUUCCAGGAGCUUUCGAAGGCGCUGGAAAUACUGAUGGACGUUUCGGCCCGUGCGGCGUACGAUCGGUUGCUAAACGCAAAGAAGGCCGCACAGCUGCGGACAAAGCAGCUGGACAGCAAGCGACAGAAGCUGAAAGCGGAUCUCGAAGAGCGCGAAAGGCAAGCAAAGGAAGCGGCCUCCGGGGGCUACAAGACGGCCAGCAACAAAACCCCCGAGGAGCUGUUCCAGGAGGAAUUCGAGCGGCUGCGCAAGGAGGGCUCCAAGCUGAUCCAGGAAGAGCAGGAGCUAAUGCGCCGCCAGCUGCAGGAGGAGCUGCGCAUGAUGCAAACGGCGACCGCACCGAGCUGGGACCCAGCGCAGCAUAGGAUAAAAAUACGCUGGAAGGCGGACCGGGGCGAUGCAGCGAAUGGAGGCUACACGGAGGACGUUCUGCGCAAGUUUCUUAGCAAAUAUGGCGAUUUGAAUGCGCUCGUUAUGAGCCCGCGCAAGAACGGCAGCGCGCUGGUAGAGUUCCGAACGAAAGAUGCCGCCGAAAUGGCGGUAACGUUCGAGAAGGGCCGGCUGGACAAUCCGUGCACGCUCGAAUGGGUUGGAGAGGCGCCGACGAAGGGAAAAGCUAAAGCGACGGCAUCCGGUGGCAGUACCAUCACGGAGCGGGAUUACGAAAGUCUGGUGCUAAGGCAGCUGCGGCAAGCCGAAGAACGGAAGCGACUGAUCGAACAGAUGAUGAAGGAAGAGGCCGAAGCGGAAGGCGAAACAACGGCACACUAGCGGAUUUUGUUGUUUA